UGAUUAUUGUCAUUUAAAUGCAGAAACAUAAUUGUAUUCUACAGUAUUCUGUUUGGCAUUGAGAAGGCAGCAUCUUGCAGUUCUCAUUGAGCAGGGCAGUAAAUUACUCAAUCAAAAUGAAUCGAUCCAUACUUGCUGGCAGUGUAUUUUUGUGUGCUUUAUUGGGUCUCGUUGUGACUCAAGAACGAAGCAAAGACUGCGUUCGUUUUUGCGUCCCCGUGCCUGAGGUGACAUCAGUGGUUGCCAUUUGCCUGCCUACGACACUUCCGAAUUGCAGCGACUGUAGGUUCUUUGAUAAUCUGUGUCCCGAAAUUAAAGAGUGUAACACAAUAAUGUCAGCAGAUGGACGAUGCCUUCUCUGCCCAGGGGAGGUUUGUGCUUACGACCAAAAAGCCUACAUGGCUGGCGAGGAGAUCAACUCAUUUGAUCAACAGAACAAAUGUACCUGCAAGAAGGACGGGAAAGUAGAGUGUCAUCCUUUGACAGCCUUAAUACCGGGUGACAUCUGCGAAAACCUUAAACCCUAAAAAAAAACAUGUGUUAAUUUAACAUUUUUAUGCCUUUCCCAUAGUUUCCAUUACUUUUUUUGUUUCAUGUAAGAAAAAAAACAUGGUUUUGAUAAUGAAAUUAAGACAACAGAUAUGAUUGGAACAUUUUAAUGUCAUUUGUAUUCCGGUCAUAAUCAGGUUAAACGAAGCGGUUUUCUUGGCUUAAAGCCCAGAACAAAUAAAUUGAAAUGUAUAAAAAGGU